CAGUAACUAUAGAGUAGUUGUUUUGUUUUCGAUUCUUACUGCAGUAUUUAUUUCAGUAUUUAAUUUCAAUUAGACAUUGUAAUCCCUUCUAAAUAUAGUAAAUAAAUAAUAGUAAUUUAACAAACUGUGAGUUAUAGUGUAUUUAUGCAUUGAAUGGUGUGAAAAUCAAUUGACAGAUUUCGAGACUGCAACAAAUUAACCAAGCUGUUAAAAAGUAAUCAAUGUUAAACAUUAAUCACGUUUUAGUUCAAACAUUUCAGCAACAUUUUAUUUAAAAACUCAUAAUUUUAUGUACGGGCUUGACUUGAACAUGAAUAAGUAAUUAAAUGGUCUUGCUACGCAAGGUGCUGAUCAAUUUGACACUUCUGGCUGUGUUGCUUGUAUUGUUUUAUUGUUACCAAACGUCAAAUGGUAUACACUGGGUGUUACACACUUACGAGCAAGAGAACAUUUCGACCACAGAGUCGAACAAUGGAGAGAAUACCAGUUCCGCAACAUUUGUUGCAAGCGAAAAGAUGUACUAUAAUGUGUGGUGCAUCUUCACAAAAGUUGCUAGUAACUCACCGAUGAAACGAAAAUUUGAAAUCUUUGCAGAUUCUCUACUCAGAUUAUCUUCUGUUGAUAUUGCAAUUCAUGUUAUAACCGAUGAUGAUAGUAAACAAGUUGCGGAACAAGUUUUGAAGGGUAUUCUAUUGUCUACAGGAAAGUUUAUGAAGGUGCAGUAUUAUGAUGUCCAUGAACUGGCAUUGCAACUGGAAGACAUCAUAUCCGUUAUGUCUCCACACUUCAGUAGCAAACCAGGAACUUAUUACUCCGAUGCUUUGUUUUUCCUAUCGUUGGGUCUGCAUCGAAUAGCACCAGCUGAACAAAACGUUGCUGCAAUGUUCGAUGCAGACACAAAGUUCCGCAAGGAUAUUAAGGAGCUUUUCGAAGAGUUUAAUAGUUUUGGAGAGGAAGCACUGUUCGGUCUGGCACCAGAGCUUACUCCUGUUUAUAGACACGUUUUAUAUUUAUACCGUAACAAGCAUCCUGAUACAUUAUUCGGAGAACCUGCUAGUUCUGGUGGUUAUCCUGGUUACAACAGCGGAGUGGUGCUUUUCAAUCUUAAUAAAUUACGAAAUUCUUCCAUUUAUAAUAAAAUUGUUAAAAGAGAAAGUGUUAAUUCGAUAACUGAAAAAUAUCACUUCAAGGGUCAUUUAGGAGACCAAGACUUUUAUACACUUUUGGGAAUGGAAAGACCCGAAUUGAUUCACACCAUUGACUGCGGAUGGAACAGGCAAUUGUGUACAUGGUGGAGGGAUCGUGGUUACGCUGAUGUAUUUGGAUCUCAUUCUAAAUGUGAUUCUGAAACGAAAUUGUGGCACGGUAAUUGCAACACUCCUAUACCCGACGACUGAUCCAGAUCUCUUUGUUAAAAAAACGAGGGCACAAACUGUAAUAAUUAUUAGUGCAAUUGCAAAAGUUUUAUAACCCGUACCUGUUGCUAUUUGAAUGUCAGCGUUCAGUUUGAAAGAUCUGUGAUCCUUUGGUGGCAAUAUGUAUCAUCUUUCAUUAUUGUGGCAAUAUUUUUAGCUAUUACGUGAAUUGUAUCAUUCAGCGGUGCCUAUGAAUGAUAUUUUUUAAGAUAUUAAUUCUCUAUUUUAUAUAUUUCAAAUAUAUAUAUGUUGUAAUUAAAGAAAACUUGAAAUAUGAUUUUUCAAAAUUAAUUUUAAAUAAAUUACUAGAU